AUGCGCAUCUUGGCCGCCUUCUUCGGCGUCAUCUUUAUGUUCAUCAACCCGGCGAUGUUCACGAAUGUCCGACGCGAGCUAACCGCCGCCUUCAACGAUGCCAACAACUUUGAAAUGUUUGUCAUCAAAGCACUACGCAUCACCGUUGUUGACUGGCUGGCCGUCAAUACGCAUCUAGACCGUGCAGCCCCCUUCAUCGUCCUUACCGGUGUCGUGCUGCAUCUAAUUAUCACCGGCGUUUCCCUAUAUGGAAUCUACUCGUGCCGACCGGCAUUUGUACGCCCUCUACUUGUUGACGCCGGGGUAUCGACUUGCGUACUCUUUGCAUUCGUCUCCCUGUCGCUCUACCUCCACACUAAUAGCCAUUCUCAAUUAAAAGACCACCACGAAAAGAAUGCGUACAUUGGAGCAGCAUUUUUGCUGACGUAUUUUGUAUGGUUUAGCAUCACGAUGGCCGGCUAUUUCGACGUUCGCCGUCUGCAUGCCGACUUCAUGUAUUGGAUCGUGGAGGAGCGGGCGAGUAUGAGGAGGAUGAGCUUGCCGCAUCAAGUUUCGGUGGAAAAUCGAUCCGAUCGUUCCUCCAAAUCCUCAAAAGGCUCAAAACGUUCUCACCGAUCCGAACGCGACGAAGGCAGUCGCCCGAAUUCAGUGGCCGGCUCGAUUCGAAGCAAGGCUUCACACAGAAGCAUCUCGGCCAGAACCCGCCUAUCCGUGCCUCUA